AUGCUUGUUGGUGCCACAAUGGGGGCAUGGAGUCUCGAGUCCUUCUUUGCCUGUUGCUGGGUCCAUGAACUUGUACCUCGAAUGCUUUUCCAGGAUGCUGCGGUCAAAUAUCUCAGGCAUAAAGAAGAGAAUUUGAGUGUGAGCUGGGAGCUCAAAUUCCAUGGCUGCUUGUUGCUCUGCCUUCCAUUGUUUGUCAAUGCCGUUCCCAAAGAAAUUCGUAAUUUGGGACUGGCUCUGGCCUGCAGCUUCGUCCUUCCUUGCAAGGGCUCUCAUAACAGGGGAUGUGACUCCGUGGACUGCUCCCUGUGGGAAAUGGUUCUGCAGAUGCCGAUCCAAUUUCCCCGCCACUAG